ACUCGAUCCAAUCUCCAAUCUUUACCAUUCGCUCUGAUUUCAUGGCGAACUACGGCGGAUAUCCGGCGCCAAACUACGCGCCGUCGGCGCCGCCGAUGCCGGACUCCUACUCCGCAGGCCGCCCUCCGACGGAGGGGUACGCCCACCCGCCUCCGCCGCCCUCCUAUAGCUACCCUUACCCAUCUCCGUGGGCCAGCGGCGCUGGUGGAGCCGGCGGUAGCUACUUCCCGCCCGGCACACCUCCCGAGGUCAUCCGGAGCUUCCAGGCCGUCGACCGGGACCAGAGCGGCUUCAUCGAGGAAUCCGAGCUCCAGGCAGCGCUCUCGUCGGCGUACCACAAGUUCAGCAUCAGAACGGUCCGGCUGCUCAUGUUCCUCUUCAAGAACCCCAGCAACCCUUCCAAGAUGGGACCUGUCGAAUUUGCUGCCCUUUGGGGUUGUCUCGGGCAAUGGCAGGCCAUCUUCUAUAGGUUUGAUCGAGAUCGUAGUGGAAAAAUUGACUCGGUGGAACUAAAAGAUGCACUCAUUAGCCUUGGAUAUGCAGUUCCGCCUUCUGUUAUCCAAGUUCUGAUAUCCAAUUACACAGAUGUCUACGGCAGGGGUGCACUUAACUUUGACAACUUUGUAGAGUGUGGGAUGAUUGUGAAGGGAUUAACAGAAAAAUUCAAGGAAAGAGACACUCGGUACACAGGAUCUGCAACAUUUUCCUAUGAUGAUUUCCUGUUGAUGAUCAUACCAUUCAUCGUCCCGUAGACCAGUCAGUGCUCCUUUUUUACUUUGUAUUUGUUGUCUCUCAUGUUCUUUCUUUCUGUUCGUUUUUUUGGAUGGAUGUAUGCAACAAAUUCUAUCUGUAUGCGAUGGAGAAUUUCCUAUGUGCAAGUCGAGAUUCAUGCGAAUGAUUUCUUCGAGUUUGCUGGUGUGAAAGGAUUCCUUCCUUGUAAGUUCUUGUAUGCGUUUGAUGAUUCUAGGAGUCAGCUGAUCCUGAGGACUGUAAUCUGGCGCAUUUGUACUAAUCAAACUCUCUUGUUCUUUUUGGUGAA